UUCUUCUAUGCCCUUCUCCAUUUUUCCCGACUCUAUAUAACCCCCAAUUUGUAGCAGAGAAAUUCUUCAUUUUCAAAUCUUACCCUCUAAUAAACAAAUAUUAAUAUAAGUUUAAUGGCUAAAUCGUCUCACGAAACUUCUGAUAUUUUCAUUGAACUCGUUUUUAGCGAUCUCGUAAUAUCAACGCGCUUUCAUCUCCAGAAUACCAGCACCACCACAAUCACCGCCGCCACCAGUCAGUCUUGUAGAUUUUUCUGACACCAGAAAUAUUCAACGAGCCCUCAACAAUGGGAAAGCAACAGGCAAUUCCCAGCGCAAAAAUGCAGCGAUGCUGGAUACAGACGACGAUAAUAGUAGUGUAAGUUCUUCGUCGACUAUUCGUUCUGAUCGUUUUUCGGUGAUGGAGGCCGAAGAAAUGCAACUUGAUAAAGAUUCUUUACUCGACCAAGCUCUUGAUGCUUUGUACGAGAAGAGGGGUUCCACGAGGGAAAAUGCGUUGUCCUCCAUUAUUGUAGCUUUCAAUAACAGUUUGCAGCAUCGGUUUGUGGAAAAGAAAUUUGCUACUUUACUGCAUCAGUGUCUGAAUUCUUUUAAACGAGGAUCUCCCAAGGAGAUAUGUUUGGCAUCCCAUGUCAUUGGGCUGUUGGCUUUUACUGUUGGUUUUGGAGAUAAUGCCCGUGAAAUACUGGAAGAAUCAGUGCUUCCAUUGACACAGGCUCUCAAGUCUGCCUCUGAAACUGCAAAGACUGCGUUGCUGGAGUGUUUGGCUGUCAUCACCUUUGUUGGUGGAAGUGACCCAGAGCAGACAGAGCGAUCCAUGCAAAUUAUGUGGCAAGUGGUUCAUCCAAAACUGAAGGCCAAUGUAGUUGCUGCCAAAACCUCAGGAGCUACAGUAAGUGCAAUGGUAUCUGCAUGGUCGUUUCUUCUUACAACCAUGGAUGGAUGGAAACUUAAUCCUAAAGAUUGGCAAGAGUCACUAACUUAUUUAUCUAGUCUCCUUGAUAAGGAAGAUAGGGCUGUUCGAAUUUCUGCUGGUGAAGCACUGGCUUUAAUUUUUGAGAUUGGAAGUUUUGAGAAAUUCUCUGCUGAGGCUAAAAGUUCAAGUGAUGGGUCAAGUCAAGAAGAAAGUAAUCCUCGGCAAUAUAUGCACAUACAAGGAUUGAAGGCAAAAAUCAUAAAUCAAGUAAGAAGCCUUUCAGCAGAGGCAGGGGGCAAAGGUUCUGCUAAGAAAGAUCUCAACAAUCAGAGGAAUCUGUUUCGUGAAAUACUGGAAUAUUUUGAGGAUGGCUAUUGCCCUGAAGUUUCUGUGAAGAUUGGUAGUGAUUCCCUGCAGACAUCUACAUGGUCUCAACUAAUACAGCUGAACUUUGUGAAGCACUUCCUUGGGGGAGGAUUUGUGAAACACAUGCAGGAAAAUGAACUCCUCCAUGAAGUUUUUGGGUUUACUCCUAAGAAAUAUGUCGUGGACCAUGAACUUCGUUUAUCAAGCAGUGAAAAGAGGAUGUACAAGUCACCAAAUUCAGUCCUCAACAAAGCGAGGACUCAACAUCUUAACAAACAGAGAAUGUUAUCUGAGGGAAAAAACAUUGGGCACUUCGCAGUUAGCAGCAGGGGUGACGAGGAAGCAUAGUGUUCAAUUUCUUUUUCUUUUUCUUUUUUGGUUGGAACAUUGAUUAGGUGUUUAGACCCACAUUUGGGUCUGAUGUUUAAACACAUACGAUACGAGUUUAAUUUAAUCAAUUACGGGGUGAUAACAUGGGCAAUGACUCGGUUGCUGUUGGGUUUAGAUGAUGGAUUUUUAAUGUUGCAACUGAAAGAAUAAAAUUCUAUUAAUUUUUAUUUCUAUUUAAA